GUAUCCGGAAAUGAACUGCUUUCGAAUGCAGCCGUAGUUUAAACUUAAUUGUACUUUAAGGUCUUAAUAUAAUGCGUAGAUACUGUACAAAUACUCGGUAACAAUGUAUCGUGGACUUCUGCCUAAGGGUUUGACGGAUUUAGAACUUAGUUCAGAUGAUGAGAUCGAUGCUGCAAGUCAAGAACCACAGUCAAAAUCCAAAGGUCUUGUUGGAUCUCUGCAUAAUAGCGAAGGAGAACAUGGUGGGGCAGCUGUAGAAAAAGAGCCUUGCACUGCCAAUGUAAUAGAAAAUGAUCCUUCUCCUGACUGCAGCUUACCAGGAAUUUCACAAGAAAUGUGGCAAAAAUUCAAAGAGCUACAGAAGAAAAAGGAUGAGCUCAAGACAACAAAGCUGUACAGAAAAGGAAAACGGCAGAGAAAAAAGAAGAAAGUUAAUAAACCUGGAACUGAGAGUAUGGAAUCUAACCAAAAAAGAGAACAUCAGGUGGAGCACGAAAAGCAUUGGGGUGGCCUCAAGCAGUACUUUGGCAUCAAUGAUAGAUUUCAGCCCCCUGCUAGUGGCGACCUCACUCCCCAGUCCGGCCUAGAAAAGAGCAUAGAGAGUGCCAUAGCUGGAGGGGACUUUGCCAAGGCGGAGGAGAUGAGCGACAGACUCGCCACACGAGAGCUGGCCGUGAAAAUUGCAAAAGCGGCCGAUUGCCGUGACUUUGUGCAAAGCAAACAGGAAGCAGAGGCUUCGCGGGCAGCUCAGAAAAGGAAGAAGCAAAUUGCUUGGGGGUUUGAAGCCAAGCAAAGAUGGGAGACCAAAAGCAAUAUGGGAUACAUGUGACAGACAUGGAGACAUUGAAUCAUUGAAGACAUUUGAAUUCAUGUUAUGUUUUCAAAUGAGUUAGCAGUCUAGCUCCUUCACAUGUCUUUAUAUAUCACAACAAUAACAGAUCAAAUUAAACAGAGCAGCACACGCAGUAUCUAAGAUGUACAGCAGACUUGAGAUCUCUCUCUCUCUGUGUAUGUGUGGUGUACUUAACCUGUAGGUUCACAACAUCUUGAGUGUGAGUCUUGGUACUUUAUGUCUUGGUAUAUUCAAUUAGAUUUGUGAUGUUGCCUUGUAUGUCAUUUGUAUUUCAACAAACAUGGAAGUUUGUACACAUUCACAGACGGUUUUGAGAAAAAGGAUGGAAAAAAGAGAAUGCAAAGCCCAUCCAGUAUAAGGCAAGAAUUACAAAAUGUUCAAAUUAAUUCUCCCCAGGCACUCCAUGGUGGCUGUAUUGUGUUAUUUUUCAUUCCAUUUCUGUGAUUUGAGCUUUUCUGGUCCCUUUCCUAAAAAUUAAAUCUGGUGUACAUUA